AGCAGGCAAUGUAAUAUUUAUCCGAGACUCAGUCUUCUCCGUGUUGGCUUUUUACGAAAACAACCUUAACUGGACUGAUUCAGAUUUAAUCCACGUCUCAUUCUCGUUCAGGGUUACAAGAAAUGAGAAAACCGUAAGGAAGCUGUGCUCGGCAGGUGAACACACGUUAUAUCUAGGGCUCACUGUUCUGUUCAUUGUCAGCUUUAAUACAGCUCCGACUGCAAAAAAGGUCUCAGAAUGCAGAUACGAUUUGGUGGAUAAAGUGACUGAGCUUUGUUCAACUAACGAGGGUGACGGCAAUGAAAUCAAGAGAAUUCCAAAAAUGUCAGGAAACUGCAAGCGACAAGCAUUCCGCGAGCCAUUCGCGUUGCUGAGGCCAAUUGCAGACCACGCGCCGAACUGCAUCGAGCAGAUGGAGAGCCCAACCCGUAUUGUUGCCGGUCGCCAGCGGUUAGACAAGUUUCUUUCGGUCGAGCAAAUGCAACGAAUCGCCUGCAGUCGGGCAUCAAAACAAACGCCACCAGUUCCGGCCGGAUGUUUGGACUGCGAAUGCGACUGUACGGUGACAAAAUAUAUCUGGGCGCCAGCGAAACAUCCAAUACCCACAACACUGCUCAUACGCUACAUGAAGCGGGAAAUGGAGCAAGGCGGCGCCAUAAACAAACUGUACGGCAUCAAUUUCUAUAACAGCUCCCAGCCGCAGAGCGGAUGCGUCCAGCCGGAUGCGGAAGCGGUGCUCAUCCAGCUGCGUACGCUACUGUCGCCGCACGGCCCGGCGACGGCGGCAGAGCAACAGCAAUUGAUGGAGCAUGUGGAGCAGCUGUUGUUGCUGCCGCCGGAGCGGCUGACGCUGAUGCUGGAGCAGUGCUUUCUGUGCGGAAUGCUGAGCGCCGCACAGCUGCGCCGACUGCAGCAGCUGCUGCCCAUGCACAACGCGCUGAUGAGAUUCUUCAGGCGCUUGGUAUCGGAGCUGCCGCAUUUCCAUUACGAUAUGUCGCUGGCGGAGCAUGUGGAGCUGCUGCAGCUGUAUCUGAUGCUGCGCGACACGAAUGCCGGGCCGCAGGCACGCCGCCUGCUAGCGGCAACCAUGGAGCACAUGUGCCGGCUGCAGCAGCCGCAGCUAAUGCAGUUCCUCGAUCAACUGAAUCCUGCACAGCUGCAACGACUGCGCCAGCACCUGAAACACAGCUAUAUCCGCAUAUCCGGCCGUCAGCUGCAGCAAUUGCUGCACACAACGGUGCAUGUGCUGAGAUUAAAGCAUGGCCUCAAGCUGCAUCACUGCGACAAGGAGCUGCUGUUCGAGAUGGUCAGCAUGCCGGCGGAGGAGCCGCUGACCAUGCAACAGCGACAGUUUCUGCAAUCGCUGCUCGAUCAUUUGCUGCCCAUGAUCAAGGCGGAGCAAUUGCUCUGGCUGCAGGGUCUGAAUCUGAACAAUACACGAUUGCGCCGCUUUCGUCUAAUGCUCCACAAUCCGGCCCUGCUCUGUGAUCUGCAGCAGAUGAAGCAGCUCUAUGGGCAUCUGCAGCAGCUCUGACAAUAGGUGGCACCUGUGCUUAGCCAGAAAUUGACGGGAUCAUUGAAAGCUUGGGUCGAUUAGUUAGACUUGAAUAACGAUUAGUGACACAGCAUGUUCCCGGCUCCUUUAGGUUUUGUAUUACCGUAGGGCUUAAUGGACCUUCUGCAUCUCCGGAUGAAUUCCGCAUUAUCUUAGGCAUACCUCCCAUUAUGCCGCUAGGUUUUCACGUAACUUUGAUAGAGUCGAGAGACUUGUAUAACUACAUAAGGUGUCAGUUAACUGAUUAGGAAUUCAGCAUCUACCUAAGGAUAAUUUGACAUAUUUGUAGCUCUUUUGAUUUUGAUUCGAGCGGUCUUGUAAAAUGAUGAAAUGAAUUUCCUGCUCCGGUUCAUCUUCAUUCUUCAUUCAUCUUCAACUCGAAAGUCAACUUAAGGAACGUCAACAUUCUACUACUUUCUUUAUGAAAUUGUCAGUACAGAUAGUUGGCAUACUUAAAUAUA